AUGUGCAUGUUACAGAACUGCCUGGAGGGCGUGCGGCCGCCUUACAUGCCGCACCCUCCACUGGCGCCGCGACCGCCGCACCUGCAGCACCAGCCGCACCACCAGCCACAUCAACCUCAUCACCAGCCGCACCAACACCAGCCGCAUCAACCUCACCAGCCGCACCCGCACCAGCCACAUCAACCUCACCAGCCGCAUCAACCUCACCAGGCGCACCAGCCGCACCCGCCCGCGCAGCCGCCGCCGCCGCCCGCGCAGCCGCUGCACCUCGCGCAGCAGAUGGAGCUGCAGCGCCUGCGCGCGCAGGUGGAGGAGCGCGACAAGGAGAUCGCGGCGCUGCGCCAGGCCGCCAAGGUGAAAGAUCGGAAACUGGAUCAACUGGCCAACCGAUGCCGCAAGGAACAAAUGCGACAGUACUAUCGGGAGUUGACUGAACGUGGUUAUGCAGUUCAUGGGCUGGAGCACGCGUGUGCGUGUGUUUUGAGAGAGGAGGAUAAUUCAGAGGAGUUGACUGAGGACGUGGUUGUGCAGUUCAUGGAGCUGGAGCCCGUGGUGGAGCUGGAGGAGGACGCGGGAGGCGAGGAGACGUCCUCGUCUUCGUCCUCGGGGCCGCCCUCGCUGUCGCCGCCGCCCUUCGGCUCCGACUACUGGUCUGAGCGCUCGCACCACGCGCUCGAGCUGCGCCUGAAGCGCAGCGAGGCGCGCGCCCGCGCCGCCUCCGAGCGCCUGCAGCAGAUGCAGGCCGAGGCGCAGGAGCUGCGCGAGCUGGCCGAGCUGCAGGAGUUCCGCAUCCUCGAGCUGGAGGGCGCUGGCGACCACGCGGCGUCGACGCGCAGCCCGGCGCCCGACACGCGUGACGUGUGCACGGACACGGAGAACGACGACGUGAGCGACUCGGGAGUGCUGUCGCUGCCGGCCAGCGAGGACGUGGCCAGCGACUGCGACCUGGGCGUGCACGACCUCAAGCUGGAGCUGCCGCUGGCGGUGCCGCUGCCGUGCGCUGAGCUCAAGGAGAAGGUGCUGGCGGUGGCGCGCGCGCUCAGCAGCGUCGAGGACAAGUGGACGCUGCACCAGGUGGCCGCGCUGCUCGACGACGCGCGCCCGUUCGCCUCCACCAUGACGCACUCCCUGAAGAGCCUGCCCGACUACGCCCUCAACGGCGACUCGAAAUUCCCGGCGCGCAUCGUGGCGACGGUCCCUCCGUUCAACGAAAUGCUGCAGCCGGCGAGCCCCCUCAAGCUGCCCUUGGACCCCAAGGCCAAACCGCUCAACGGCACCUUGCUCAAGCCCAACAAGAUCGUGAGCACGCUGGCCGCCAACUUCUGCCUGCGUUGCACCGAGGAGCUGUGCACGCAGGGCACGCAGACGGAGAGCAGCAACGGCCACGGCCACGGCCUGGGCCUCGGCCAGGGCUCCGUGCCCAGCCAGGGCGACCUGCGCGCGGAGAUCCAGAAGCUGAACCAGUUCCGCGAGCGCGUGGAGGAGCGAGGCGGCGACCUGGCCUUCUGCCGCGAGCGGCUGAGCGCGCUCGAGGACAAGCUGCGCUUGUACGAGCGCAGCGGCAGCUCCCAGGAGGAGAAGGAGGCGCAGCUGGCGGCGCAGGUGGCGCAGCUCACGGCCAAGAUCGCGCAGCUGCAGGAGGAGAAGGCGCGGCUCGACGAGCAGCGCUGCGAGCUCGAGGAGGCCGAGAACGACACGCGCCUGCGCUGCCAGAAGCUAGAAAUGAAGCUGCAGCUCAUCAGCGAAGAGAACCGCGACCUGCAGUCGAAGCUGCUCCAAGAGCGACGGGCCAGCGCCAACCUCAAGAGCAGCCUGCUGGACGGCGAGAAGCUGCACCGCGAAGUGUCGUACCUUCAGUCGAUGCUCGGCACGUACGAGGAGCGUAACUACGAACUGGAGGAGCGCGAGACCGAACUCAAGCACCAGUUGGAGCUGUUGGUGCAGUGGUGGCCGGUGGUGGUGGCGUGGAACGUGUACAAGACCGCGAGUGUUUUGCAGCAGCAGCAGCGCGCGUCCGCUCUGCCGAUAGACAAUAAGCCGAGCGCCGGCGCGCGCCUGCCGCCCAGGGCCUGCAACGGGCUCUGCCGCAAGGCCCAGGAGCGCCUGGUGCAGCGCAUGCGCGAGCUGGAGCAGGAGCUGCAGGAGCGACUGGCCAAAGAGGAGCUGCAAAAGACUGACCGGGAGACCAUGACGGAGGUGAGCGCGGAGCCGGCGCGGCAGGCGCAGCAGGAGGAGCGGCUGCGCGCGGCGGCGCAGCUGGAGGCGCAGCUGAAGAGCAAGGUGCGCGACCUGGAGCAGAAGGAGAAGGCGUACAUGGAGACGCUGCAGGAGGCGGACGAGCUGUGGUCGGAGCUGGAGGGCGGCUACCAGCGCCAGGUGCAGGCGCUGCAGGCCACCGAGGCCGAGCUGCGCGCCAGGCUGGACGCGGCGGAGCUGCAGCAGCGGCAGCAGCGCAGCAACGACCACGAGGUGCGCUGCGCUUGGGGACACAGCCUCACUUUUAGCUAG